CUCAUAUUAGAAUUUCUCUAUUCGAUCAAUCAUUGAUAUAAAAGAUAAGUAUUUUUUCUAAUUGAAAUAUAUAAAAUCAAAUCAAAUGGGCACGCAAUAAACAGUAAUUAAAAUGUUGCUGCACAUUAUUCUUGCCUUUCUGGUCAUUGAAACAUACGGAAAAUCAUAUUGGAUUCAACCACAAUUUCCUGAUCAUCGAAUUGUAGGAGGGCAAAGAAUUGAUAUUCGUUCACAUCCUCAUCAACUCUCACUACAAUCAUAUUUGCGUCAUAUUUGCGGUGCUUCAAUUAUAAGUGAAAAUUGGGUUAUUACCGCAGGACACUGUGUUGGCGGCAGUCCAGCCUCUUAUAAAUUACGUGCUGGUAAUAGUAAUAAUCACAAUGGAAUAAUAUACAAUGUAACAAGGAUAAUUCGUCAUCCGUUAUUCAAUAGAAUUCAAAUUGAUUAUGACGUUGCUGUUAUACAGAUUACAGAAAAAUUCAUAUUUAGUGAGACAAUUCAACCUAUUAGGCUGGCUGAUAAACAGCUUUUAUCAGGGCAAAUAGUAAACAUAACUGGUUGGGGAAAUACUGAGAAUGGUCCAAAUGAUGGAUAUCUUCGACAAGUUUCAGUGCCAAUUAUUGAACGUAAAUUAUGUGAAUCGGCAUAUAAGGAUAUAAAUCCAAUUACUCCAAGAAUGAUUUGUGCUGGAAGAUUAUUAGAAGGAGGAAAAGAUUCAUGUCAGGGAGAUUCAGGUGGUCCUCUUACAGCUAAUGGUACUCUCUAUGGAAUUGUAUCUUGGGGUUUAGGUUGUGCACAACCUCGUUUUCCAGGUGUUUAUAGUAAUGUUGCUGAACUACGUUCAUGGAUUAAGAAUACUACAGGCAUUGACGGACUUAAGACUCUACAGGAUCUUCUCAGUGAAGCGAAAAUAAAAAACGCCCCAGCUGAUAAAGAAGAUAGUAACCUUGGUGGUCCUAUAGGCUAUGCAGAGGUGAACCGAGAGGAGCGUAACCAUGAGAAGCAGCUUCGGCGCGCAGUCAUAGAGGCGCAGAAACGAAUAAAAAGCUCUGGCAGUCCAGAGAGGACUGACGCCGAGGCGAAGAAGAAAAAGCAAGAGAAGGCACCCCUUGUUAGAAAUAUUGUGAAGGUGUCAGUAGCACCGAAUCCUAAACAAACAAGUAAGAAGAAAGCGAUAAGUGGAUCUACAAUGGUCGUAGGUGCAAGGCCAACAAGAAAGGAAGAUCUCCUGAUCAAAAUCGGAGGAGACUCCAAUAAGGAUGCAUUCACCGCUAAAGUCACCCAAGCAGUUGGAAGCAUGAAGAAGGUGCAGAAUGUGGAACGACAGGAAGAUAUUUUUCUAAAUGAUGAUGAUGUUAUUUUAAGUGAUGAUAGUAGAACAGAGGGUGGUUGGAUAGAUAAUGACGAAUUUGAUUAUUCGAGGGCAAUGGAUGAUGACAGAAUUGUUGGAGGUCACAUCACGUUUAUACAAGAACAUCCUCAUCAGGUGUCUCUUAGAUAUAAAGGAAGACAUAUAUGUGGAGGAUCUAUUAUUAGUGAAGAAUGGAUAAUAACUGCCGCUCACUGUGUUUCAAGAGCAUUUGCUGAGGAUAUUACAAUAAAAGUUGGAUCCUCAACAAUAAAGGGAGUAGGAGAUGUAAUGCAAGUUAGUGAAAUAAUUGUUCAUGAAAAUUAUGGCUCAAGCGAUUACGAUGUUGCUGUAAUGAAGCUAGAGGAACCAUUGCAUUUUAGAGAAGGAAUUGGAUCUAUUGGAUUGCCUUCGACAUCAGAGAAUUAUUACAGUGGUACGAAGGCAACUGUUACUGGAUGGGGCACACUUAGUAGUUCAGGAUCAUUAAGUAAUCAUUUGAGAGAAGUUAUUGUACCAUUAGUUCCUAGUUCAAAAUGUGCUCAACUUUAUGGUAGAGAAACAAUAACACGUCGAAUGAUAUGUGCUGGUUAUAUUCGAAGUGGAGGAAAAGAUGCUUGCCAGGGUGAUAGUGGAGGACCAUUGGUGCAAGAUGGCAAAUUAAUAGGAAUAGUUUCAUGGGGAUAUGGUUGUGCAAGACCAAUGUAUCCUGGAGUUUAUACACGUGUGACUGCAGUCCGAUCGUGGAUCAGCGAAAAAACUGAUCUUUAAAAACUCCUAUAAGUU